AUGGAAGACGUGACGGUACUGAUCAGCAAUACGGGCCGCAUCACAAACAAGAAUCAUAACAGUAUUGGGGCCGAUGCCGUCGAAGAUUCCCAAGAUCACCCGACUUCUCAAUCAAAGAACGAAGCAGCUUUACCUACGACGUCACUUAUGGAAGAGCCCAAAAUUGGCCUACCGUGUACCUGGCCAACUUGUAGACCGCUCAAAGGAUUUGUUCUACAAACAUUUGAUGGCAUAGAGUAUCUUCGACAGCAUUUGAGAACGGUUCACAUGGUCCACGAUUUUGGGAGGUCGUAUCUCAUACCGGACAGCAGAUAUGUACCAGCAAUGGAACUGAACGAAAAGAGCGGCGCCUUCAAGUUGCCGGAGUCUGUUUGGGGAGAGAAUGCAGGAAAUGUCAAAUCCACAGACAUUCCUUUGGGAAGACGACUUUCGUCCCUGGCAGGAGUCUCGGUAAAGCCAGGGCUCGAACGGCCCCAUGUCAAAUACGCUAUCUGCGCAGAGAUUCCCACAGCGCCAGAGAUUGCCAACGCAGACCAAGUGGGAGCGUGUAAGCUGGUUGACGUUCCUCCAAGCACGUACGUACCGUCGUAUAUCCUCGCAACCAAAAACAGAUUCUCCCAGCUCGAGAUGCUCAACAAUAAAAGGAGUGCUCGGCCUCCGAUUUUCCUAUAUGGCACCAUGAUGUUUCCAAGUGUGAUACUUGCCUUGCGCGAAAGAUUCAUAACAUCAGAGGGAACGUACUCAGCGCAGCUAGGGAGGCGUUUGUUCACGGUACCGACAGACUGGGGUGGAGCAGAUACAUCCUUGCAGGCUGUCGCCGCACAGAUGACACCUGCAAUGCUUUCUGGAUAUCAUCGGUUCCAGCUCCCUCGAUCUAGCGUAGCUUAUGCAAAGCCAUCGUCCGAACCAGGAGCUCAAAUAACCGGGAUUCUGCUUUUUGGAUUAUCCUCAGAUGCUCUAGCAUGCCUGGAUACCCUUUAUGGGAGGAAUGGCCCGCGACACCUAUUCGACGAGAAAGUCCGUCCAAUGCGCGAGUGGAAGGAAAUGAGACUUUUCCGAGAGCAUGUCAAGGUCAACAUCAACAUCGCUGGCGGCGAAUCGCUUCAAUUGUCCGCGGAAACGUACAUUGCAAACUCAUUGGAGAUCAACCUCCCAGACCAGCUCAAGCCUUGGGACAUGGAUCGCUUCAUCAAAGGUCAAAGCUUUGGCAAACUAAGCGGUCAGGCACAGUAUCUGGCAGAAGAAACCAGUAUCGCAAAGACCUUGAGAAGUCAAAUGGUCCUCCAUGGCGACAAUCUCGUUUCACUCAUCCUAGAGCGUAAUCUAGACGGCAUGAACCGAAUGCUGCAAGACGGCCACGAUAUCAAUGCUUCAUCGCUCAAAUACGGCACAGCACUCCAAGCUGCCGCCUGUAUAGGAGACUGCCAAGCAAUGCAAACAUUACUUGAUCAUGGAGCGGACAUCAACGCCCAAGGUGGCGAGUACGGCUCAGCAAUCAUCGCCGCAGUAGUAGAAGGCCACACAGAAGCAGUGAAAUUCCUCCUCAAAAACAACGCAAAACUCUUCCUCCCCGGAGGAGGAGGAGGCAAAUACAUCAGUGCGAUUUUCCAAGCCGUAGAUUUUGAACGAGCGGAAAUUGUAUCCAUGUUGUUGGAGAAAGGUGCCUGGUUAACUUCCGACUUUGAUGAAUUACUUGAUCUUGCCAAGGAGCGGAAUUUUAACGAAGAACUAUAUCAGAAACUCUUGGAGUAUGAUGUUCGUGAUCUACAUGGAAGAAAACGAACCAAACGUUUAGCARGCCCCCAACACGGGAACUCAUCUCCUACUGCYAGCAGCGAUACACUACUCGCCCCAACAACCCUCUCAACAGGCCUAGCAUGUCUCCUCGAAGUCCAGCGACUACACAACAAACCCGGGAAAUGGACGGGCAAGAAACUCGUGGCUAUAAUGCGCAUAGGGGGGAUACAAAAUGGCCUCGAUAUAAGGAUUUUGGAGAAAAUUCGUCCUUUUGCGCAUUCGUUUCCUAAAAUUCAGAAGUUCUUCGUGGAUGCUCUUGGAGCGAGUUUUGAGGGCAGGUUUUUGCCUGUAAGGCAUACGGAUCCUAGUGAUGCUGGGGAUGGUAUGGGAAAGUUUACUAGUACUACUACUACUACUACGAGGAAUAUUGAUGGGAAGGAGAUUAGGGAUGCGGUUUUUGAGUUGUUUGAGGGGGAUUUGUGGCGGGGUGGAUAG